AUGCUUCCAUUAUCGCAGAGUAAGAGCCGCAUAUUUAAAAUGAUGGCACUCAUGCGGCUGAUGCUGAGGGUUUUGGAAACACAUAAUGUGGAAGGAAGCAACGCUUAUAAUAAAACUAAGGCACAUAAGAUCUGGAUGGAAGAGCUUGAUUGGAACAGAGAGUUGGUAGAACGUUACUUGGGACGGGAGGCACUAUGGCUUCACCGGCGAUUCCUCUCUCUUAAUUGGAUAAUAAUGCAUUCCGGACGCAAUCAUUCAUCUGAAACCGGACAGAGUAUGGUGAUGAAUGAAGAAAUUGUCACCUUCAUUGAUAAAGAGAUCCAUCUUCUAGAAUCUUCUAUGACGGUUCCAGAUACUAAGUUUGAAGAUUUUCAAGCUCAAGCAGUGCAUGCUGCUGUCUACAUGCUAUGGCUGACAAAGCAUGUUCCAGAGUUGUGGAGAAUGCUUGAGGAUAAGCUUGGAACAGAGAAAAUCAAGUGUUUACUGAACACAGUUGCUCAAGAGAGACCCUCCUCGCUUUUGCACCAACUAGAUGUUUUUGCAAGUGAUAGUGAGUGGGUGGAAUGAUGGCGAAAAUCCCUGAAUUUGAGACAGUUUCGGCAUAGAAACGAAACCUAUAUUCUCUCAAGAUUCACUCUAUGGUACGUCAUCAGAGAUCUAUACAGUCACAUGACGCCAUAUGUCGCAAGAAAUCAAAUCCGAAACGCCUAACUUAUUGUCACGAGUUUGAUCAAGGUAUACAUUGCUAGUUGUAAAACCUCACAUAAGAAAAAAAAUGUCAAACAUAAUACUGAGUUAGAACAAAGUUACUCAAGAAAACGAAUUGGUGAUUUUACAACUCAUGUAAAUAUAUAAAGCUCGAUAUACAUUG